AUGCCUUCCACCUACAAAAAAGAAAAGCCAUGGGACACAGACGACAUCGACAAGUGGAAGAUCGACGAAUUCAAACCCGAAGACAAUGUCUCCGGAAACUUUGUCGAGGAGUCCUCGUUCAUGACCCUCUUCCCUAAAUACCGUGAAGUCUACCUAAAAGAAGCAUGGCCGACAAUCACCAAAGCCCUCGAGAAGAAAGGCGUCGCCUGUACCCUGGAUUUGGUCGAGGGAAGCAUGUCCGUCAAAACUACCCGAAAAACCUACGAUCCUGCCGCCAUCCUCAAAGCCCGCGACCUGAUCAAGCUGCUCGCCCGUAGCGUUCCAGUUGUACAAGCGAUGAAGAUUCUCGAAGACGACGUCGCAUGUGACAUUAUCAAAAUCCGCAACCAAGUGCGCAACAAGGAUCGCUUUGUGAAGCGUCGCCAGCGUAUCCUUGGACCUAACGGUUCAACCCUUAAGGCGUUGGAACUUCUUACAAGUACCUACAUUCUUGUUCAGGGUAACACUGUUUCUUGCAUGGGACCGUUCAAGGGAUUGAAGGAGGUGCGCAGAAUUAUCGACGACUGCAUGGCGAAUAUUCACCCGAUCUACCAUAUUAAGGAAUUGAUGAUUAAGCGGGAGUUGGCGAAGGAUCCGACAUUGGCGGAGGAGUCUUGGGAUCGGUUCUUGCCCAACUUCAAGAAGCGCACGCUUUCUAAGCGUCGUGUGCCACAUGUUGUUACCGAUAAGGCGAAGAAGGUAUAUACUCCUUUCCCGCCUGCACCGGAGAAGAGCAAGGUGGAUUUGCAGAUCGAGUCUGGAGAGUACUUUCUUUCCAAGGAGGCGAAAGAUCGUACACACAAGGAGGAGCUUAUGGAGCGCCAACGCGUGAAGCGGGAGGAGAAGAUGCGCGAGCGCGAGAAGGACUUCAUUGCGCCCGAGGAGUCUGUGCCUGGGGAUGUCGAUGGAGAGAAGAAGAAAAAGAAGGACAAGAAGGAAAAGAAGGAGAAGAAGGAGAAGAAAGAGAAGAAAGAGAAGAAGCACAAGCGCAAACGGGACUCCGAGGGCGAAGUCGACGUGGAAGAUUCUGCCGAUCGCAAAGAGAAGAAAAAGAAGAAGAGCAAGUCCAAGGAUACAAGCUCGGACGAAGAGUAA